AACGGCUACAAGACGUCCUGUUGAGUUCACGCUCGUCACGGUGUUUCCGCAUCUCUAUAAAUAGCCAAUAAGUUCGAGCGCGUGCGACGCACCAGCGACUCUUAACAGCUCGUAAGCUCACUUGUUCGGAAUCAUAUAGUUUCUCAGACUUUUCAAUGGAGCGUGGAGAGUUCCGUGGCUCGGGGAAGCGACGCAGGAAAUGCUGCCUCAUUUUAUGCGUCGCUGUUAUUCUCAUCAUUAUCAUCGCCGUUGUGUUGAGUCUGACCCUCCGCCAGGAAACAAGUGAUUUUAAAACUAUCUUUCUGGAUAGGUGUAAGAAGUUCAAAGAGAACAACUGUGAAAAUAUAUGGGAAGUGUUUCAGAAAAUAUAUGUGAACCGGGACCCUUGUCAAGUUCCCAUGGAGGCUUAUGACCCUCUCAUUACUGCAGCCCCCUUCAAACCUUCAUGCAACAAGACAAUGUUCUGGAGCAAAACUAAGGACGUAGUCCACAGCUUCACUGAGAAGAGAGAUUGUUUUCUCACCAUGGAGGACACUUUGCUCGGAUCUGUCUUGGAUGGGCUCACCUGGUGUGGAAAGGAGGGCAGCAAUGAAACACUGACCACUGGCUGCCCAGGAUGGACAGAAUGUGAGAACAACACCGUUCGCUCCUUUUGGAACCGAGCCUCAGCUGAAUUUGCUGAUACGGCCUGUGGUAAUGUCACUGUGAUGCUGAAUGGAUCCAUCAUGACACCAUUUGAUUCGAGGAGUAUUUUUGGCAGCAUCGAGGUGAAGCGGUUUAACUCCAAAAGAGUGAGAAACUUGAAUGUCCUUCUGGUUAUGCAGAAGAACGCUGUCGUAAACUGCACAACUGACUCUUUACAGGAGUUACAGAAGGUGCUGGAUAAGGGAAUCAAAUAUAACUGCAAAGAAGUGCCUGAGUCUCUGAUCGAGGAGUGCAGCUCCCACCCAGAGAAACCCUGUGAAAGCUGCUGGUAAAGUAACCAGCUCUGGAAGGACUGGUCAUUGUGUUCAGUUCACUCAAGUCAUAGUAAAUAACAUUAAAAUGUUUUGGGGCCUGUGGACCAGUUUGGAUUAAUAUGAAAUUAUCCUUUCGUUUUUUUAUAUAAUGCUACUGAUACAUUUUUUACAACAUGGUGGUGAUAGGGAAACUUUGUCUUUAUCAAAUGUACUGAAAGGUAAACUAUUUGUGCUGCUCUGUAUUUUAAACCGAUGAUGUCAGCGCUUUUUGGCUGCAAAAUUUGCCACAUUUUUAAAUAAAAUGUUAACACACAAGGUGUAAAACUGUCUUUGG